AUGAUAACAAAAGAAAAAGAAACUGAUAAGGUCGAGGAGAAAAAAAGAAGAGUACCUUUGUACCCUGGAUUUCCUGAACUAGCAAGAUCUGAUGUCAGCAUUUAUCCUUCAUAUACAAAAUUGGGCUUAGCUUACCGCGUCGUUUGCCGCCACCGUUACCAUUGGGCAAAAGUUGCGCAACGCCGUCAGUUCAUGAGAGAACUCCAUAGCUUUGAAAAGUUGCAAGCGAAUGCUUUAGAUGGUGUUCGGGUUCACAGAGAAUUCUCUCAGGGCAUAUUGUCACAUAAAAUACCGCCAAGAAGAUAUAUACAAAAGCUGACACCUGAUCCAUUAAAUUCUCAUCAAAGGAUGAGAGUUGAGGAAAUUAUAAGUGGAAGAGCCAAUUUUAGUCAAAAA